AUGAACUAUCAGGAUCACGCAACCAAAUAUUUAUAUCUUCGGCCACUUACUUCAAAACGAACCACCGAAAUUGCACACGAAUUUUUAAAAAAUUUUUUGGAACAAGGAGCACCUCAAAUACUUCAGUUUGAUAAUGGGCGAGAAUUUACAGCGAAAAUAAUUGAAGAAUUGGCAGAAUUGUGGCCUGAAUGUAAAAUAGUACAUGGGCGGCCACGGCACCCUCAGAGUCAGGGAUCUGUAGAAAGAUCAAAUCAAGAUGUUGAAAACAUGUUGCGAACUUGCACGGUCGUAGACAAUAAAAGUACCAAGUGGUCAAUCGGAGUUUAUUUUGUACAGUGGCAAAAAAACAUUUCAUAUCAUCGAAUUGUAGGUCGUUCGCCAUGUCGAACCUUGUUUGGCACUGAACCGAAGAUAGGUCUUAGUUCUACAAACUUACCUGCCGAAAUUAUUCAAAAAUCAUCAAGUGAAGAAGAUUUUGAAAAUAUUUUACAAGACAAUUCAGAACAUAAUGUUGACAAUAUACCUUCAAAGAAAAAAAAAAUAUUGUGA